CGACAGCAUACAAGUCGAUCGAACUGAUCAGUUUAUCUUAAGUUGUCGGUUGGAUUGAGUGAUCAUUCUACUGCUGCUGCCUGGUACGUGAUUUGCUAUACGGCACCAAAGUAACGAAGUAAGGUUUAUCACUCGUUCAUUCAAUCAAAUACACUUCUGCUGCGGUCGUGUUUGUGCGAGAUGAUCAAAUGCCAAGCUCAGCCAACGAGGCUGUUUAUAUCAGUCGUAUCGUGUCUGGUGUAUGCAUCGAACAGUAUGGCAGCCGAAUUGACGGUUCAACAAUUACCCAGUCCACUGUCCUGGCUCGGAGAGGGACCAGUCUGGGACACCGCUACACAGAGUCUGUACUAUGUAGACAUCACGGGAGCAGCCAUCCUUCGUUACGACUAUGCCGAAAACAGGACCUACAGUGCUACAAUCGACGGCAUAUCCCCGAUUUCGCCGAUUAUCCUCGUUCAGGGCAAACCCGGCCAGUACGUUCUCGGGACGGGGAACAAACUGGUCCUCGUUAGCUGGGAUGGUCGUUCGGAGAAGGCUACCUUCGAGAAGACGGUCGGCGAUCUGGGUGACUCGGAAAAGCAUGUCCGUUUCAACGAUGGUAAAGUAGAUCCGCAGGGGCGUCUCUACGUAGGAACCAUGCGGUUGGAGUCGUUGGGUGAUAUUUUUGAACAAAAAGAAGGUAAGUUUUAUCGCUUUGACGGCAAGGUUGGUGGAAAGUUCUAUGAACAGAAGCGCGAUGUAAGCAUCUCCAAUGGAUUAACGUGGGAUGAAGUGACGGGCAAGUUUUACUACAUUGAUUCCGGGGCGCGGGAUAUAAAGGAAUUCGAUGUACUGGAAAAUGGCGAUUUGACAAACGAAACCGUUCUGUACGAUUUGAAAGUUGACGGUAAAAAUCCAGACUUUGUUGCGGAUGGAAUGACCAGUGAUGCGGAUGGAAAACUGUAUGUCGCCACCUGGGGUGGUUUUAAACUUCUAAAGAUUAAUCCAAAGACGAAAAAGGUUGAACAGGAGAUUGCUAUUCCUGCUAAGCAAGUAACAUCGGCGGCAUUUGGCGGUCCCAAAUUGGAUGAACUGUUUGUAACGACCGCCCAUACUAACAAUCAAGAGCCACCGGCUGGAGCGCUAUUUAAAGUGUCUGGCUUAGGUGCGAAGGGAAAGGAAAUGUAUAAAAUGGUGCUCAGUGAAUAAAAUAAACUGUCAUGAGAUAGAUUUUUAUUUUUGACUCAAUAAAGUGCACAAAAACUGUA